AUAUAUCAGAAUAAAAAAAAGAGCGACGUCAGCUUCAUAUUUAUUCAGAUCUAAGUAAAAUAUAGCGCUUCUCUCAGGCUUUACGAAGCUCAAACACUCGUUGGCGUACGCCACACAGGCAGUAGGAUGAGGAGGUAUAGUCCACAGUAUUAUAGUCCUCCAAGGAGAGAGUCGAGAGAUUAUGGUGGUGGUCGAGGAAGAAGCCCCCCAAGAAGGGGUUAUGGUGGUGGCGGUGGCGGAGGAGGUGGUGGUGGUGGUGGUGGUUAUGGAAGGCGCAAGGAACAGAAUGGAAGCCUUUUAGUCCGCAAUAUUCCUCUUGAUUGCAGACCAGAAGAAUUACGGGCACCAUUUGAGAGAUUUGGAGUUGUUAGGGACGUCUAUAUCCCUAAGGACUAUUACACAGGGGAACCUCGAGGAUUUGCGUUUGUCCAGUUUGUGGAUUCUUACGAGGCUUCAGAGGCCCAGUACCACAUGAAUGGGAAAAUUUUUGCUGGAAGGGAGAUAUCAGUUGUUGUAGCUGCAGAGACCAGGAAAAGACCAGAGGAGAUGCGUCAGAGAACUAGGGUUAGCCGAGGGCCACCAUCAAGUUAUGGGGAAAGGCGUUCUUCUUAUUACGGGCGUUCUCGAUCUCGUUCUGUAUCCCGCUCGCGUUCUCCUCCUCGCUAUCCAUCAGGCUCUAGAAGUCGAUAUCGCUCAAGGUCCCGCUCUCCUGCUCCAAAGCGCCGGGCUGACUACUCUGUUUCCCCAACUAGAAGAGAUGCCGAGCACCCACGAUCACCGAGAGGUCCUCCCCGGGAGCGAGAUGGUGAUAGCAGUCGCAGAUCAUAUUCUCCUGGUUAUGACAGUGCUGCUGAGAAAAAUCAAACUAAUGAUGGGAAAUCUGCAUACGAAGCCGAGGAACCGCAACAAGGUCAGUGGAGGUCGCCUGGUAGAACAUCUAUAUCACCUCCUGGAUCCAGGCGUAGUCGAUAAAUGGGGUGCAGAAACUUCAUUUGGUUGUUAAUGUUGGCCAAAUGAUCAAUCUUUAGGUUAAAACAUUUUCUUUUGUGAAAUGCAUCUUGGAAAAGUACCUCUGGUGAAAUUUGCUAAUUAUCUUUCUGGAAGAAGACAAAUAUAUCAUAUAUAAUAUCCUCUGCGGUUGUGAGAAAUUUUAUUAGUUAUUAGAAGUGGCUUUGCUUGUUUGUUGUAAUGAAUGUUCUCACCUUGACAUUUUACUUGAAUGUAUUUUCAAUUAAACUUCCUAUUUUA